UGUAUAAGCAACAAACUGAGAGAGGCCUACCACUUCUCCUCUCUCCCUCUCUCAUAAACCAUAUUUAUAGUUUUGUCUGAAUGAGACAAGGAAAUAACAUUCUGAUUGUUGCGAUCACGGAUUAUUCUGGAAACCAAACAUGGCGGCUGGAGAGCAGCUCAAUAACAUCUGCAUAAUAACGCUACAAAUGGGUGUGCUGUAAAUGGUCGAUGGUAACUGUGUUGGUGCUGGAUUCAAUGCACUUUCUGCUAGAAGUGAUAAUGGAAAUAUAAUGGGAGGCUUUUUCCCAGCAGCCACGCGGUGUUUGACAUGAAAACUGAGCUGCCUCGGUUUAUAAGGAGGCAUCAUGACGCGUUUAGGGGUCUGAACUGUUUGGAAACAGAAAACAAGAAGCUUGUGUUUUUAUUUUAUUUUUAUUUUUUUAUAUAAAAUAAAUGUUGAGUUUAGCGCUAGAAUCCAGCUUUGAUGCAAAAUGUAUCCCAUAAUGCAUUUAUUAUGAGUGACUGUAUCACACUUCUGCACAAGAGGCUCCUUUCAUGUGAUAACAUUAUUUAGAUAUAGUUUUCUUGGUGUGUGUGUGUGUGUGUGUGUGUGUGUGUGUGUGUGUGUGUGUGUGUGUGUGUGUGUGUGUGUGUGUGUGUGUGUGUGGUGGGGGCGUUCUCGACUGACAUCCUCAAACAAUACGAGAAAAGAGGAGUGCACGAAUCCGCGCACCCGUCUCCGGGCUCCUUCCCUGUAAUAGAGAGCGUCAGCCAUUCUGAAAAAAAAAACUGGUUUUGUAGCUUAGUGGAUUCGACUGGAGGAGCGCGAGGAGGAUAAACUGAGCGGACAAAGAUGUAAAUAAAAACAGUCGUGUCCCAGCUGAGCGAGGCGAUCUUCAGCAGAGUUUUUGGAUCAAUCAGGCAGACUCUGGCUUCUUUUGAUGAAAGCCCAAAUUGUCAUUGGACAGAGGUAAUCAUGUGACAGGCAGUUCGGUCCAAUUUCAACCUUGUCUCCAUGAAUUCAAUAGUUUAAUGGUAGCUCGGUCCCCACACGGCCGUAAUCAGUGAAACAGAAAAAAGAGGAGAUUUUUAAUGAUUUUUUUCUUUCUCGUCCUCACUGAGCCGCAACAUUUAUAAAAAUACGCGCGCAAACUUUCCUCGGCUCUCAGGGAGCGGAGAUGAAUUACGAAUUCGAGCGAGAGAGCGGUUUUAUCAAUAGUCAGCCGUCGCUUGCUGAGUGCCUGACAUCUUUCCCCCCUGUCGCUGAUUCAUUUCAAAGUUCAUCAAUCAAGAGCUCGACGCUUUCACGCCCGACACUGAUUCCUCCUCCCUUUGAGCAUACCAUCCCCAGCCUGAACCCGGGUAGCCAUCCCCGCCACGGCCGGCCCAGACACAGCCCCGAUGGAUGCAGCCCGCUGCCCACCGCCUCCUUACCCCCGGAGUACCCGUGGAUGCGGGAGAAGAAAGCUUCCAAGAGGAACCACCUGCCGACCGCCACCGCCACCACUACCAUCUCCAACGUCUGCUUCUCUCCAAAAGGCUCGCCUGAGAUCGUGGAGAGCGGUGGUGGAGGAGGGGGCUCCCGCCGGCUGAGGACCGCGUACACCAACACGCAGCUCCUGGAGCUGGAGAAGGAGUUCCACUUCAACAAGUAUCUGUGCCGGCCGAGGAGGGUGGAGAUAGCGGCCCUGCUGGACCUGACGGAGAGGCAGGUCAAAGUCUGGUUCCAGAACCGGCGCAUGAAGCACAAGCGGCAGACGCAGAGCAAGGAGAACCACAACGGGGACGGGAAAGGCCCCGGCGCCGAGGACGGCAUCCACAGCGAGGAGGAGGAGGAGGACGGGGGCCCCCUGUACGAGCAGAGCGGGCCCCUGCUGGAGAGAGAUACCUGCUCCUUUCAGAACAACGCGCAGCAGCUUCACAAUGGAGAUUCGGCCAGCUUUGGUGCUGCUGCGCCGCUGAACAGCAAUGACAAAAAUCUGAAACAUUUUCCCAACCCGUCACCCACUGUUCCGGGCUGCAUGUCAACAAUGGGCCCUGGCUCGGCAUCUGGGCCGGACAAUGGGGACAGUCCCUCCGCUCUGGAUGUUUCUUUACACGACUUUCAGCCUUUCUCCUCGGAUUCCUGCCUGCAGCUCUCGGACGCAGCCUCGCCCAGCCUGUCGGAGUCCCUGGACAGCCCCGUGGACAUUUCCGCGGACACGUUCUACUUUUUCUCGGAGUCACUAACAACAAUCGACCUGCAGCAUUUGAACUAUUAGCCAGAAUCACUCGCCGUACUCUCACAUAUAUAUUUUCUCUCUUUCUCUUUUUUUUUUUGUGAAAUCAAACGAGAACUGGUAAUUAAUCUGAUUACAUUUGUAUAUUCGGCACAUUAUUCUGUUGCUUUUUGACGAUUAAUUGAAGGUAAGGAUGAAAUUAAAUCACUGAAAUAGCUAAAGUAGCUCGUAAUUAUCACAACUUGAUCACUUGGAAUUGAGUGUGUGUGUGUGUGUGUGUGUGUUUGAGAGAGAGAGAGAGAGAGAGAGAGAGAGAGAGAGAGAGAGAGAGAGAGAGAGAGAGAGAGAGAGAGAGAGAGAGAGAGAGAGAGAGAGAGAGAGAGAGAGAGAGAGAGAGAAUGCAACAGUAUUAGACCUAUAGAUCCGGGUCAUUUUUAUUUUUGUAUAGUUUCCAAUGUCUUGGAUAUUUUUGUUAGAAUACAAAUAACUUGCUACAAUCUU